UAUUUUAUAUUUAUUUAUUUCAUUUUGGUAAAAUAUGAGUAGAAAGUACGUUAUUUUGUUUGUAAAUGGAACCAAUACAAAUGAAGUGGUUUGUGAUUUAUAUGACACUGUAGAAGAGUUAUUAAAAUUUGCUUCAUUCAAAUUUAACAUAAAAGCAAAAAAAUUGUUUAUAGAAGAUGGAACUGAAGUUAAGGAACUUUCGUAUAUUCGAAAUAAAGAUAAGCUAUAUGUCUCGGAAGGAGAUAAUUUUAUACAACCAUCAGUAAUUAAAGCUGAAGCACAAUGUUCAGAGUGGGUUACUUUAAAUGUUGGAGGCAAAUAUUUCACUACUUCUAAAAGAACACUAACAACUAGUGAACCCUCAAGUAUGUUGGCUAGAAUGUUUUCCGAAGAUAAUGAAGGGUAUUUGUUUACUCCAAGCAGUAUUGACAAAAAUGGAGCCUAUUUGAUUGACAGAACUCCUACAUAUUUUGAGCCAAUUUUAAAUUAUUUGAGAUGUGGACAAUUAGUGUAUGACAAAAAUGUAAAUCCUGAAGGAAUCUUAGAAGAAGCUAGGUUUUUUGGGAUAGAAUCUAUCAUUCCAAUGUUAGAGCAAAUUAUUAAUCAAUCAAAAAUAUCAAGAGAUAGUUUGCCUCUAACUAGACGUGAUGUUAUAGAUGCAUUAAUUAAAAGUCCAUAUACAGCAGAAUUGAGAUUUCAAGGAGUUAAUUUAUCUGGUGCCGAUUUAAGUAGAUUAGAUUUAAGAUACAUCAACUUUAAAUACGCAAACUUGCAAGGUUGCAACCUCACUGGUUCAAAUUUGAGUUGGUGUUGUUUGGAAAGGGCAGAUUUAUCACAUGCGGUGUUAGAUAAUGCACAGUUACUAGGUGUAAAGAGUUUAUGUGCAAAUUUGGAAGGAGUUACCAUGAGAAAUUGUAACUUUAAAGAUCCUGCUGGGAGUAGAGCAAUUAUGGAAGGUGUUAAUUUGAAGGGUGCGAUUUUAGAAGGAAGUGAUAUGGGAGGCGUCAAUUUAAGAGUGGCUACCUUAAAAAAUGCUAAUUUAAAAAACUGUGAUUUACGAGCUGCUGUUUUAGCUGGUGCUGAUUUGGAGAACUGUGAUUUGUCUGGAAGUGAUCUUCAUGAAGCAAAUUUACGAGGUGCAAAUCUGAAAGAUGCUGCAUUUGAAUUAAUGUUAACACCUUUACAUAUGUCUCAAACAAUUCGAUAACUAAAAAGCAAAAUAUUUUGUGGUUGUAAAUAAUUGAUCAUUUAAAUAAUAAUUUGAUAAUAUAUGACAUUAACAAAU